ACUUCCAAGUAAAAGGAAGCAAGUAAAGAGAGUCGUACAUUGAGAAGUAGAGUUUGGUCUCUCGAUUCUCUUUUUGUCGAAGAAACAAAAUGGGUUGGGAUUUGUUCUUAUGGAUCCUCUCCUUCUUCGUCAGCUUAGCCCUCGUCGCUUCCGUCUUCUAUCAGGUUAUAUGUUUAACGGAUUUAGAAGCUGAUUACUUGAACCCUUUUGAAACAUCAUCUCGUAUCAACCGAUUGAUACUACCUGAGUUUAUCCUCCAAGCCUCACUCUGCAUUCUCUUCCUCAUCACAUGGCAUUGGGUGUUUUUCCUCGUCGCUCUCCCUGUAACAUGCUAUCACGCUAUGCUAUACAAAGAGCGGAGACAUCUCAUCGAUGUCACUGAAGUGUUCCGUGGUAUUAGCUUUGAAAAGAAGCUCCGUUUUACCAAACUCGGGUUCUACAUCUUUCUCUUCAUCAUGGUUGUCUUUAGGCUUACUCUUUCAGCGGUCUAUAGCUUCACUGAGGAUGAUGAUCUACUUCAUUUGUUUUGAUGUACUCUAUUUGGUUUUCUCAGUGUGUGUGUUGUGUUAUAGACAUUUCUUAGGGAUUUACUCAAAAACUUCACAGGACAGGACAUCAGAUUCCUCUCCCAAGCUAAAUCGCAAACUAGUUAGAGAAAAAAGGAAGAUUUCCAUAUUUAGCAAGUAGAGAAAAAUGGCUUUGGUCUCAUUUCUCAAAACUUGAUCAUGUUCCUUGGUUGAGUUUGUCAGAAGACUAGAGUGUCUUUGAGAAACAAGUAGCAGUGUCCCCUAGUUGAAACAACUUCUUCCCCAGAUGGUGUAAGCAAAUCAGAAAGUUCUUUAAACUUCUCUUGCUUUACAAGGCCUUAGCACAUUUCUCCAAAAAAAAAAACACUCCACUUUUUGUUUCAAGUUUCUCCUCUGUUCCACUUGUGGAUGAUGCCGGUUGCGAUGAACUGCUUCGUCCAAAACGAAUAAAGGUUGUCCAAACUGCGAGACACCUUGCCCUUGCAAACUUUCCUGGAAAUGAACUUCAUCGUCUUAUCUUAAUCCUUUGGACCUGUUUAUAGGGAAAACAGGAAGAUAUAAAUAGGAGACAUGUUUUGGAAUUGAAGGAGGUACAGCUGUAUACACACGGAUUCCUCAACAGUUCACUAGCCUCUAAGAACAAUGAUUUUGCACUAGUAUUGUUAAUUCAAACGUACAGACAACAAAGAUCUAUGUCUUCAAGGCUUCUUCCUAAGCAUCAGCUUUUAUCAUUUUGAUUCCUGUAAUAUAUGUAAAUAGUUGUGACGCGUUUCAUACUGUUGAAUGGUUCUGUAAC